UCGCAGAUAUAUUCACGUCACAGAGAGGAAGGAGAAGAACAGAUCCACGAACGCAAUGGGUGUAGGCAUCUUAGCUUCUCGAGCGAUUCGACCAGCUUCUCGUCUUCUUCGAUCUCAACACUCCAAUCUCAUCCUCCGCACCAUCGUCUCAAAACCGGAGCUCCAAUCACCCGAAGCCGCAGCUGUGUCUCAGCCGGAGCCUCCGAAGAAUCAGAUCCUCCCUCCGAGGAAUCCCGUGGGCGGAGCGCGUGUCCAUUUCUCGAACCCCGAGGAUGCGAUCGAAGUUUUCGUCGAUGGUUACGCGGUCAAAGUCCCGAAAGGCUUCACUGUUCUACAGGCCUGUGAGGUCGCUGGAGUUGAUAUCCCGAGGUUUUGUUACCAUUCUCGCUUGUCCAUUGCUGGAAACUGUAGGAUGUGUCUCGUUGAGGUCGAGAAAUCUCCCAAGCCUGUGGCGUCCUGUGCCAUGCCUGCACUUCCCGGGAUGAAGAUUAAGACUGACACACCAAUAGCAAAGAAAGCGAGGGAGGGAGUGAUGGAGUUUCUGUUGAUGAACCAUCCUCUGGAUUGCCCUAUAUGUGACCAAGGAGGAGAGUGUGAUCUUCAGGACCAGUCUAUGGCUUUUGGUUCUGACAGAGGCCGUUUUACCGAGAUGAAAAGAUCUGUUGUUGAUAAGAACCUUGGUCCCCUUGUCAAGACUGUUAUGACUCGGUGUAUCCAGUGUACCAGGUGUGUACGAUUUGCUUCAGAAGUUGCUGGGGUUCAGGAUCUUGGAAUGCUAGGUCGUGGUAGUGGAGAAGAAAUUGGAACUUAUGUUGAGAAGCUUAUGACUAGUGAACUCUCUGGAAAUGUUAUCGACAUCUGUCCUGUGGGAGCCUUGACCUCUAAGCCUUUUGCCUUUAAAGCCAGGAACUGGGAGUUGAAAGGAACAGAGACCAUUGAUGUUAGUGACGCCGUUGGUUCCAACAUCCGUGUUGAUAGUAGAGGACCUGAGGUGAUGCGUAUCAUUCCACGUCUUAAUGAGGAUAUAAACGAAGAGUGGAUAUCUGACAAAACCCGAUUCAGCUAUGACGGUCUGAAAAGACAAAGGCUGAGCGAUCCUAUGAUUCGAGAUUCAGAUGGACGAUUCAAGGCCGUGAGCUGGCGUGAUGCCUUGGCCGUUGUGGGUGAUAUCAUCCAUCAGGUGAAGUCAGAUGAGAUUGUUGGAAUAGCAGGUCAGCUAUCUGAUGCUGAAUCCAUGAUGGUAUUGAAAGACUUCGUUAACAGAAUGGGUUCAGACAAUGUCUGGUGUGAAGGAACAGCUGUUGGUGUUGAUGCUGAUCUUAGGUCCAGCUAUCUAAUGAACACUAGCAUCAGUGGACUUGAGAACGCAGACGUUUUCCUACUCGUUGGUACCCAGCCUAGAGUUGAAGCUGCAAUGGUGAACGCUAGGAUCUGCAAGACAGUCCGUGCAUCGAAUGCCAAGGUUGCAUACAUUGGUCCACCUGCAGAUUUCAACUACGACUGCAAGCACCUCGGGACUGGGCCUGAUACACUCAAGGAAAUCGCUGAGGGACGUCACCCUUUCUGCUCUACUCUCAAGAACGCCAAAAACCCUGCAAUCAUUGUUGGCGCUGGUCUCUUCAACAGAACCGACAAAGAUGCGGUCCUGUCUGCUGUUGAGUCCAUUGCACAAGCCAACAAUGUCGUCAGACCAGACUGGAACGGUCUUAACUAUCUCCUCUUGUACGCUGCUCAAGCGGCUGCUCUUGAUCUUGGUCUCAUUCAACAGUCUGCUAAAGCCCUUGAGUCUGCGAAAUUUGUCUACUUGAUGGGAGCAGAUGAUGUAGAUGUUGGCAAGAUCCCUAAAGACGCCUUUGUGGUUUACCAAGGUCACCAUGGAGACAAAGCGGUUUACCGUGCAAACGUAAUUCUCCCUGCGUCGGCCUUCACCGAGAAAGAAGGAACCUAUGAGAACACAGAAGGAUUCACCCAACAGACUGUUCCUGCUGUCCCAACGGUUGGUGAUGCAAGAGACGACUGGAAGAUUGUGAGAGCUUUGUCCGAGGUCUCGGGUGUGAAUCUUCCAUACAACUCAAUAGAAGGUGUUAGGUCGAGGAUCAAGAACGUCGCACCAAAUCUAGUCCACACAGAUGAAAGAGAGCCAGCUGCUUUUGGGCCUUCAUUGAAGCCUGAAUGCAAGGAGACAAUGAGCACAACGCCGUUCAAACCAGUGGUCGAGAAUUUUUACAUGACAAACGCCAUCACGAGAGCAUCAAAGAUCAUGGCACAAUGCAGUGCGGUGCUCCUGAAGAAGUGAGAGCUUUUCACUUGCUCUGUUUCACUUUUUUUUUCUUGCAAAAAAUAAAGGUACUGAGUAUUUGUUUGCUCUCUUUAUUGAAACCGAGUACGGUUUAAGCUUUUAAGCUUGGGGUGAAACCUAUAAGCAAAAUUGCAAUAAGCAAAUUAUUAGAUGCAAAACUCUGUUGUAUUAAAUUGGAUGUUUUGAUUUGUUGGCAUCUUUUGUUUGUUUUUUGUAGGGGUUUGAAUUUUCAUGUGUACUCUCUUUAAUGUCAUAUUAUCAUAUAUAUGAACGUUUUGGGCAUGGCGAG